UACACACGUCUCGAGAUGUAUAAUAUACUAAAAGCAGAACACGAUUCCAUUCUAGCAGAAAAGGCGGAAAAAGAUAGCAGGCCAAUUAAAGUCACGUUGCCUGAUGGUAAACAGGUCGAUGCGGAAUCCUGGAAAACUACCCCAUAUCAAAUUGCUUGUGGAAUUAGCCACACAGCUUCCAAAGCAAAUGGUUUUUCAUUUGCAUCUUCACUUGUGUCUGUGCCCAUUCCCUCAUCUGAAAUGCCAUCUCCCCUUUUCUUCCUUCAGGGCUUGGCCGACAACACUGUUAUUGCUAAAGUGAAUGAAGUUGUUUGGGACCUGGAUCGCCCCCUGGAGGAAGAUUGUACCUUGGAGCUUCUCAAGUUCGAGGAUGAGGCGGCUCAAGCAGUGUAUUGGCACUCGAGUGCUCACAUAAUGGGUGAAGCCAUGGAAAGAGUCUACGGUGGAUGUUUAUGUUAUGGUCCACCAAUAGAAAAUGGAUUUUAUUAUGACAUGUAUCUUGAAGAAGGGGGUGUGUCCAGCAAUGAUUUCUCUUCUUUAGAGGCUUUAUGUAAGAAAAUCAUUAAAGAAAAACAAGCUUUUGAAAGAUUGGAAGUUAAGAAAGAAACUUUACUGGAAAUGUUUAAGUACAAUAAGUUCAAGUGCCGGAUAUUGAAUGAAAAAGUGAAUACUCCAACUACCACAGUCUAUAGGUGUGGCCCCUUGAUAGACCUUUGCCGAGGUCCUCACGUCAGACACACUGGCAAAAUUAAGACUUUAAAGAUACAUAAAAAUUCCUCCACAUACUGGGAAGGCAAAGCAGAUAUGGAGACUCUCCAGAGAAUUUAUGGCAUUUCAUUCCCAGAUCCUAAAAUGUUGAAAGAGUGGGAGAAGUUUCAAGAGGAAGCUAAAAACCGAGAUCAUAGGAAAAUUGGGAGGGACCAAGAACUAUAUUUCUUCCAUGAACUCAGCCCUGGAAGUUGCUUUUUCCUGCCAAAGGGAGCCUACGUUUAUAAUACGCUUAUUGAAUUCAUUAGGAGUGAAUAUAGGAAAAGGGGAUUCCAGGAGGUAGUCACCCCGAACAUCUACAACAGCCGACUCUGGAUGACCUCAGGCCACUGGCAGCACUACAGCGAGAACAUGUUCUCAUUUGAGGUGGAGAAGGAGCUAUUUGCUCUUAAACCCAUGAACUGCCCAGGACACUGCCUCAUGUUUGAUCAUCGGCCAAGAUCCUGGCGAGAGUUGCCUCUGCGGAUGGCUGAUUUUGGGGUACUUCAUAGGAACGAACUGUCUGGAGCACUCACAGGACUCACCCGUGUACGAAGAUUCCAGCAGGAUGAUGCACACAUAUUCUGUGCCAUGGAGCAGAUUGAGGAUGAAAUAAAAGGUUGUUUGGAUUUUCUACGUACUGUAUAUAGUGUAUUUGGAUUUUCUUUUAAACUGAACCUUUCUACUCGCCCUGAAAAAUUCCUUGGAGAUAUUGAAGUAUGGAAUCAAGCUGAGAGACAACUUGAAAACAGUCUGAAUGAAUUUGGUGAAAAGUGGGAAUUAAACCCUGGAGAUGGAGCUUUCUAUGGUCCAAAGAUUGACAUACAGAUUAAAGAUGCAAUUGGUCGGUACCAUCAGUGUGCAACAAUCCAGCUGGAUUUUCAGUUGCCCAUCAGAUUUAAUCUUACUUUUGUAAGCCAUGAUGGUGAUGAUAAGAAAAGGCCAGUGAUUGUUCAUCGAGCCAUCUUGGGGUCAGUGGAAAGAAUGAUUGCUAUCCUCACUGAAAACUAUGGGGGCAAAUGGCCCUUCUGGCUGUCCCCUCGCCAGGUAAUGGUAGUUCCAGUUGGACCAACAUGCGAUGAAUAUGCCCAAAAGGUACGGCAACAAUUCCAUGAUGCCAAAUUCAUGGCAGAUAUUGAUCUGGAUCCAGGCUGUACAUUGAAUAAGAAGAUCAGAAAUGCACAGUUAGCACAAUAUAACUUCAUCCUAGUUGUUGGUGAAAAAGAGAAAAACAGUGGCACCGUUAAUAUCCGCACAAGAGAUAACAAAGUCCAUGGGGAACGUACCAUUUCUGAAACCAUUGAGCGGCUGCAGCAGCUCAAGCAGUCCCGCAGCAAACAGGCAGAAGAAGAAUUUUAACAAAGUACUUUGCCAAGAUUGGCUUGGUGGAAACAGAUGAGCAGUGUUACCGUAAUAUUAAUCUUAUACUCUGGAAGACAUCAAUUUAUAUUGAACUUGUAAUAGCUUAGCAGAGUCUACAUAGGUAACUGCAGGAUCAACCUUUUUGACCUGGACAGAUUUUAGGCAAUGUAUAUUUGAAGGAGUUAAUCAAAAGAGACCCAUUAAAGUGAUUUUAUUCAUUAAAUGAGCACUGGAAAUAAAAUAUGAGGAAUGCUUUAGUGUAAUGUGAGAGAACUUUUUUAUAAAUUUAAUGUGGCUGAAAAAUAAAAAUUUUUAAAUUCAAUUAAUAAAAAAGAAAAACUA